UGAAUAUAUUCAUAUUUGAUACUUGCAUAUAUAAAAAUAACUCAAAACACAUACGUAUCAGUCUUUAUCACCCAUCUGUCCAGGGAUUUGGAGGUUCGAUCAUGCUUGCAGUUGUUCUUGGACUAGUACAUCAGUCGAAACCACAGGUAAAAUUCAAUGGGGGGAAAGAAGCCUACAGUCCGCGAAGAAGAGAGCAUUAUAUCUUCCAAGCAGGGUGGUGGUGGAGGGAAGUUAAAGAAGAAUAAUAAGGUGAUUGAUGAUGAUGAAUACUCUAUGGCGACUGAAAUUUCUGACGAGCCUACGAUUCAGGAAGAGCAAGUAGCACCAGCAUUGGCAUUUGACAAGAGAAAAAGUAAAAAGGGGAAGAAAAGGGAGUCUAGCUACGGAGUGGUUGGUGAUAGUUACCAAGAGACUGAAAGUGUUGCCUCGUCGAAGCAAGGGAAGAGCAGUGCAAGAUUGUUUACUACAUCUGUGUUUCACACUAUUGAUGAUGAGGAUAACGAAGAUGGGCAGCUAUCUGAGGAAGAUGAAGAUCCAGCAGUUGCCUUUACCGGGAAGGGUAAUGGCAUUUCUUUUAGUGCUAAUCUUCUUGACGAAGAAAAUGAUGCAGAUACAUCUGUUAAGUUGGAGGCAGAGGCAAUUGAAGGAGAUGAUGCACCAGAAGUUAUUUUUUCAGGUAAAAAGAAGUCAGCUAAGAAGAAGAAUAAAAAUGUGUUUAGUACAAUGGACGUUGAUGUAGGAACUGACUCGUCCAAUGUUGCUGAUCAAGACCAAGCUAGCGCAGGGGUUAAUCGGGAAGAAGCUGAUGACAAUAUAGGCAAAAAGCAGGCAACAGAUGUGUCCGAAACUUCAAAGAACAAAGCCAAGAAAAAGAAGGGUGGGCGUACUGCUCAACUAGAUGAGGAUGAGAUCGACAAGAUUCUGGCAGAGAUAGGUGAAGGGCAACCUACAUCUACACCUGCUCAUGCUUCUCUUCCACAAAAAGAGAAAAGUCAAUUGCAGUCUCAACUAGGAGAUGAUUCACGAGAGAAGGAAGCAGUUGAGGAAGGAACUCUGGAGUCUGCUGCGGCAAAGAAGAAGAAAAAGAAGAAGGAGAAGGAAAAAGAGAAAAAGGCAGCUGCAGCUGCCUCUAUGAUGGAGGAAAAGCAGGAAGAAACAAAGAAUGACACUAAAGGAAAAUUGGCAGAUAAAAAACAGUCGAAACAGGUUAGGGAGAUGCAAGAGAGACUUAAGAAAAUGAAGGAAGCUGAAGAAAGGAAGAAGAAGGAAGAAGAGGAAAGGUUAAGGGAGGAAGAAGAAGAACGACAUCGACAGGAAGAACUAGAAAGACUUGAAGAGGAGAAAAAACGCUUGAAAAAGGAGAGGGAGAAGGAAAAGCUCUUGAAGAAGAAACAAGAGGGGAAAUUGCUUACAGGAAAGCAAAAGGAAGAAGCUCGAAGGUUAGAAGCAAUGAGAAAGCAAUUUCUCGCUAAUGGCGGGGGUUUGCCACUCUCAACUGGCGAGAGUACAAAAGAGGCAACCAAACGGCCUAUUUACCAAAAAAUGAAGUCAAAGCCACAAGCUCAGGCUAAUGGAAAAAACCAGGAAGAGUCUGUUGAAAGCACAGAAGUGCAAGAACAUCAGCAAGACAUUGUCUCUGAGGUUGAUUCCAUGGAAUCUGAGAAGGUUAAGGAUAUUAAUUCAGCAAGCGUAGAGAAGAAGUCAAAAAUAGCUGCUGCUGAAGAGAAUGGAGUUGAAGAAGAGGAAGAUGAUGAAGAAUGGGAUGCGAAAAGUUGGGAUGAUGCCAAUCUUAAAUUGCCUGGCAAGAGUGCUUUUGAAGAUGAAGAGAUAGAUUCACAUCCGCAACCUAUCAUUAAGAAAGAGAUUAAGGCUGCAAGGUCAGCUGCUAGUGAUGCAGGGCCUCUGCCUGUUGCUGCCAAGUCCGUGAUUCCUACUCAAAAAGUUGCAGCAAGUGUACCAGCUGUCACUAAGAAUGAUGGAAGUAAGAUGAGGGAGCCUGAGGUUGGGAUUGCAGUGGAAGGAACAGAAAAAUGUGGUGCUUCUUCUAGCCAGAGUGAAUACAAUCUCCGGUCUCCUAUUUCCUGUAUCAUGGGCCAUGUCGAUACUGGUAAAACAAAGCUCCUUGACUGCAUACGAGGCACUAAUGUUCAAGAAGGUGAAGCUGGAGGGAUUACGCAGCAGAUAGGUGCAACUUAUUUUCCAGCUGAGAAUAUACGCGAGAGAACUAAAGAACUUAGAGCUGAUGCUACACUGAGGGUCCCUGGAUUGUUGGUCAUUGACACACCUGGACAUGAAUCAUUCACUAAUCUGCGGUCUAGAGGUUCAGGUUUAUGUGAUAUUGCAAUUUUGGUCGUAGACAUUAUGCAUGGGUUAGAACCGCAGACAAUCGAGUCACUUAAUCUUCUAAAGAUGAGGAAUACAGAAUUUAUUGUUGCUCUGAACAAGGUAGAUCGGCUUUAUGGAUGGAAAGUUUGCCGCAAUGCACCUAUUGUGAAGGCAAUGAAGCAACAGUCCAAAGAUGUUCACUUUGAAUUUAAUACGAGGCUUACUCAGGUCAUUACCCAGUUCAAGGAACAAGGUAUAAAUACCGAAUUAUACUAUAAAAACAAAGAAAUGGGAAAGGAUACUUUUAGCAUUGUACCUACUAGUGCAAUCAGUGGUGAAGGUAUUCCUGACUUAUUGUUAUUACUGGUGCAAUGGACACAAAAGACAAUGGUUGGGAGACUAACUUACAGCAAUGAAGUCCAAUGUACUGUUUUGGAGGUUAAGGUUGUUGAAGGCCAGGGAACAACCAUUGAUGUGGUAUUGGUCAAUGGUGUGCUACAUGAAGGAGAUCAAAUAGUAGUUUGUGGCAUGCAGGGCCCUAUUGUCACCUCAAUUCGAGCGUUAUUGACGCCUGACCCAAUGAAGGAACUUCGAGUAAAGGGUUCAUAUAUGCAGCACAAAGAAAUCAAGGCUGCACAGGGAAUAAAGAUCAAUGCUCAGGGGCUUGAGCAUGCAAUUGCUGGAACUAGUCUAUAUGUUGUGGGGCCUAAUGAUGACGUAGAAGACAUCAAAGAAGCAGCUAUGGAAGAUAUGAGGUCGGUGAUGAACAGGAUUGAUAAAAGAGGGGAAGGAGUUUAUGUUCAAGCGUCUACACUUGGAUCAUUGGAAGCUUUGCUGGAGUUCUUGAAAACUCCCGAAGUAAGCAUACCUGUCAGUGGAAUUGGCAUAGGCCCUGUGCAUAAAAAGGAUGUCAUGAAAGCUAGUGUAAUGCUUGAGAAGAAGAAAGAGUAUGCAACAAUCUUGGCCUUUGAUGUGAAAGUGACACAAGAAGCUCGGGAACUUGCGGAUGAAGUUGGAGUCAAAAUUUUUAUUGCUGAUAUUAUUUAUCACCUGUUCGAUCAGUUUAAGGCCUACAUCGACAAUAUCAAAGAAGAAAAAAAGAAGGAAGUUGCUGAAGAAGCAGUCUUCCCCUGUCUGCUCAAGAUCGUACCUAAUCAUGUCUUCAACAAGAAGGAUCCAAUUGUUCUAGGAGCUGAUGUUAUUGAGGGCAUCGUCAAGGUCGGGACUCCAAUAUGUAUUCCACAGAGGGAAUUCAUUGAUAUUGGCCGGAUUGCAUCCAUCGAGAACAACCAUAAGCCUGUUGAUUAUGCCAAGAAAGGACAACAGGUGGCCAUUAAGAUAGUUGGAACUAACCCAGAGGAGCAACAGAAGAUGUUUGGUCGGCAUUUUGAUAUUGAAGACGAGCUUGUUAGCAAAAUAUCUAGAAGAUCCAUUGACAUUCUCAAGGCCAAUUUUCGGAACGACUUGUCUGUUGAAGAUUGGAGGCUCGUGAAGAGUCUGAAGACCCGAUUCAAGAUACAAUGAGACAUUUCUAAGCUUUGCAAUUAGCAAAGGCCUUGAAUUUUUUGGGGCACUGCAUUGGGUUUCAGCAGUUCAUCAGACAAUAAGCAGUGAUUUGGUUAUGAGGUAAAGAGUUUGGACUCGAGAUAGAUGGGCACAUAAUGCAUUCUUUGUAGACUGAUUGUCGAAUGGAAACGAUGUUACUGGUUAGUUUCAGUUGCAAUAGUAUACUCGUAUUUUGGUAAUGAAGUAGUGAAAAAUCACAUAUUUUUCUUUGACG